CGAAGCUCCCGACUCCUCCUCUUCCUCGUGAACCAUGGCUCUCCGCGUGCUCUCGCAGACUUUCGGCGCCCGCGCUCUCCAGUCGGCCACCCCCGCGGCCCGCCGCGCGGCCUCGCAGCGCCUGUCCUUCUUCUCGACCAAGUACACGCCGCAGCACGAGUACGUGACGCUCAACGGCAAGGAGGGCACCAUCGGAAUCACCGACUUCGCCCAGAACUCGCUGGGCGACGUCGUGUACGUGGACCUGCCGUCGGUGGGCGACAAGUUCCAGAAGGGUGACGCGUUUGGCGCCGUCGAGUCCGUCAAGGCCGCCAGCGACGUGUACACGCCUGUUUCUGGCACGGUCACGGCCGUGAACGAGGACCUGGCCGAGAGCCCGAACCUUGUGAACGACGAGGCCAUGACCGGCGGCUGGUUCAUCAAGCUUGAGCUGGACGACGAGUCGGACCUGGACGACCUGCUGGAUGAGCCUGCCUACAAGGAGCACUGCGAGAACGAGGAGCACUAAGUCGCUCCCGAGGCUGCUGAUCUCCAGCAGCACUGCACAGUAGCUGCUGCAAAUUCGCAGCCGUCAAUACAAUACACCACUUCUCCUGGCCGCU